UUUCAAAUUUUGGCUUGGGCCUCAUGCUGUAGACACUGUAGACAUGCCGCUGGCCUCUCUGAAACCGGGCCGGCGGCCCGCCCGCGUCAUCUCGGAGCGGUCGAGGGACGUGCGGGUGGUGCCGCCGCCCCGGGGCUUCCGCGCUGUGAGCGCACCCCCGCGGGUGGUGAAACCCGAGCCCGCGGCGAGCAGUGCCACGCGGGUAGCGCGGGUGGAGAGCGCGCCGCCCCGCGCGCGGCUGGUGGCGAGGGAUCAGGAGAAGGCCGAGACCGAAACCGAGACCGCGGCGGAGUCAGAUGGGCGCUUCACAGUGUCCAGAGGCACAGUGCGCCUGGUUUCAAGCGGCAGCGGCCCACAGCAGGCGGAGCUGGCGCCAAAGAAGGCUGCGCCGCCCCGCACAGCUGUCAAGGCAGAGCGGCCGCAAGAGUCACCGCGAGAGGUGACACGCGAGCCACGCAAGGUUGCGCGCCAGGCAGAGCGGCCGCAAGAGUCACCGCGAGAGGUGACACGCGAGCCACGCAAGGUUGCGCGCCAGGCAGAGCGGCCGCAGGAAUCGCGGCGAGAGAUGCCGCGCGAGCCACGCAAGGUUGCGCGCGAGGCAGAGCGGCCGCAGGAGUUGCGGCGAGAGAUGCCGCGCGAGCCACGCAAGGUUGCGCGCGAGGCACCUCGGGCGCGAACGGUGCUGGUGCCACGGGAUUCGUCGGAGGCCGCAGCAACCAAAGUCGUUCAGUUGCGACCAAGCCUCCGGGAUCCGCCACGGCGCACUAAGGAGCAAGAGGCUGCCUCUCUGAAGAGUGAGGCGCUGAGGUACAAGGAGGAGAGGGAAGCUUUCCAGCAAGAGAUGGAGCAGAUGCUGCAGGCGGCCAGGGAGCGGAAAGCGCGGGAAGACGCCUUGGCGCAGGAGGUGGCUUCCCACGAGCAGAAGCGUCUUGAGGCGAAAAAGAGGUAUCAGAGAUUGGAACAGCAGACGGAUGAGUUGGAACGUCGAAAGGAGGAAGUGCGGCAGCAAGAAGCUGCCAACAAGGUGGAGGCGGAGAACCUAGCACUUCUCGAUCUGGAGCUGGCGCAUCAGGUCAAAUUGCAUGAGGAGCGCUGGGAGCAGCUGCAGCGAGAGAAGGAAGAUUUUCAACUGCUCUCCUCUGAGAUGCUGAAGCGGCAGAAGGCCCGCGAGCGCAAAGAGGAGGAGAUCCGGCAGCUCAUCAAGGAAGUGGAGGAGGCUGUGAGCAAUCGCAACGAGCCGCUGCGCACUGCUCGCAGGGCCUCUCCCACAAGGCAGGCCCCAGCACGAACGGAGGCCAAGAAGCGCAAGGUGGAGGUCGUGGACAAGGUCCAGCCUGCGAAGAUUCAGCAAACUGUUGCGCCACGAGCUGCAAGGAAGGAGGAGGAAGGAGUGCCACCCGAAGAGAUGUCCGAGGACGUGCAGGAGCUGGUGGCGGAAUGGCUCGAAGGAGAGGAGGAGGAACUCAUCUUCGAAGGUGAAGAAGAGGAGAACCUGAUCGAGGACACCUACUGUGAGGAGGCUCCGGCAGAGGCCCUUGCUGAGGAGCAGGCAGCUGCAGAGGACCCGGAGCAGGACGACCCGUUGUUUCAAGCUGCCGCCGAGGCAGAAGCAGCCGAGGUCGCCGGUAGCGUCAAAGAAGAAGAGAUGGAGAACGGCGAGCCACAGACGGAGCGGUGGCAGAUGGUCAGUCGCAGCCCAUCCAGGGCGCCGGUCGUCAACAGCGCAGAAGACAACGAGGUGGACCGUCAAGAGCAACACAGGCAGCACGUCGAGCGCCGCCGGGCGGAGGUGCAGGCGGUUCGCCAGGAAACUCUCAGGCCAGAAGAACCAGCGGCUCCAGCGCAGGUUCAGGCCCUGGAGGCGCGGGCGGCCGCUGCCGCGGCCGCGCUCACGGCCACGAAGCAUCGAAAGCGGGAGGAGCGAGAGGAGAGCCAAAAGACAAGAAGCGAAAGCGGAAGAACGAGGCCGAGCCUGUCAGCACCGUUCCCGAGAGCGCUGCGGUUUCACGUGCACCAUCCGAGGAGGCAAGAAGGCCUGAGGAUACAAGGAGGCAAGAGGACACCAGGAGGCCUUUGGAGCGGAAGAGAAGGAAAGACGAGAGCGGAGGAGAGGGCUGCGAUGCAAGCGGCCAAGGUAGAGCCCGAGGAGCCCGAAAAGGCUCCCAGGAAGAAAGAGAAGAAGCACAAGGAAGCCAGCCCUGAGAGGAGAGAGCACAGAGAUCGUGGCCGCGCUGUCGAGAAGAAGGAGCGGAAGGAACGGAAGGAGGACAGAGACGACAGAGGCGAUUUCAAGGAGAGCCGAAGGGAGGAAGGCCGCAGGGAGGAGAGCCGCAGGGAGGAGAGCCGCAGGGAGGAGAAUCGCAGGGAGGAGAACCGCAAAGACAGAGAAGGUCACAAGGAGCGCAAGGAUCGGGCGAAACCCAAGAGCCACACUCGAGAGGCGCACGAGCCAGGUAGAGAUGAUCGCAGAAAGGACCGUGGUCACGAACGAGAUAGGCGACGAUGAUGAUUAUCCUAAGCAUGGCUUGAUCUC